UGACCUGCAUACUAAGUUCACAAUAGAACUUACCUUUGGAGAAUUUCCCAUAUCUAAAUCAAGUUUUAAUUGUUGCGCUCGAUUUUAUUAUUUUAAAUAUAUGUAGCCUGAUAUACUCCAACAAAAUGGGUAUUGUGGUAUCCCAUAGGAGCUUGAGUUUGUUUUGGAUUUGCGAGCUUUGCUGCACAGCUGGAAUCCUGUGUAGUGCUGCACUGGAGGAUUAUUGUGCGGAACUGUCACCAAAGUCGCUGAGCAUGAUUCUGGGACAAGCGUAUAACCCACGGUAUAUGAGCAUUGAACCUCCUUCGGGUCGAAAUGGCCCCAAAGAAGACCCCACUAAAAUCGGAGCGAAGAGGUCAUCGAUUGAUGUACCAUUCUAUGCGGAUGAUGACGUGCUUUCAUUGGGCAGCUUUCCAGCCUGGGAGACAAAUCAUUUCACUUAUCACGAAAAAAAGGAAGAAGACUCAUUGAAGAGGAAAACCAUAAACGUAAGAAAUGUAUUCGAGGGAGGCGGGCCCGGAAAACAUGAAAUGUUUAAAACUCGGCCUUGGGAAUGCUCUUCAAUCAUCAACUGGAUUGAUUUGGGUUUAAAUUAUUUUCCGCGCUAUAUUCGAUCGAUCGAAUGUAUUGCAAAAAAAUGUUGGUACGGUCAUUUCAAGUGCAAACCUAAAUCAUUUACCAUCAAAGUGCUGCGUCGAAAGCCGGGAUCAUGUAUUCACGUGAGUGAUAAAUUAAUUUUGAUCACUUCGGAUGAGUUCAUCAACGAUUAUACCCAAUUGUGGAUCUGGGAGGAGAUCGCCGUCAAUUUUUGCUGUGAAUGUGUGAUGUUAUAUUAGCUAUUUAUGCGUGUAUGUCCCUCCAAUUAAUAAUUAUACAAUCAUUACUAGAAAAU